CCCAGUCGUAGUAAACAAACCUGAGCAACUCAAAAGGUGUGAUUAGCAGGACGGAGUGCCGGGCAUGGUCAGUCGUGUGGACCAGAUUUACCGAAGCAUCCUCCUCAGCAAGUUCUUUGUACGUGGCUGGGGGAAACCAGAAAACUUGCGGAGAAUCUUUGCUUUCCGAAAGAUCCUCUCAAAUCGUGAAAAAUGUCAGCAUCUUGUAGAUAAAAAUCAUCCAGUAACAGUAACAAAGGAAACUGACAAUGGGGACCAUAUCCUUUUGGAGGCAGAGUUUGUGUCCCCAUUUGUUGAGCAGCUUCCCGGCCUCCUUCCCAAGGAGUCAGAGAAAGCUACCUUUCAGUUUGUCUACCCCAAAACAUGGCGCACCCACUUGAGGCCCACAUGCCUACACCUCGCAGGCACUGGGGAUCAUGGGUAUUGGCGAAGGAGAAUGCUAAUGGCAAAACCGUUGCUUGAAGAGUCAGGCAUCGCAUCAAUCAUGCUGGAAAACCCUUUUUACGGCAUCAGGAAACCCAAAGAUCAGCUCCGCUCAAGUCUUCACAAUGUGUCCGACCUGUUUGUGAUGGGUGGCUGUUUAGUCCUAGAGUCUCUAGCUAUUUUCCACUGGUGUGAACGCAUGGGUUUUGGGCCCCUGGGCAUCACAGGCCAUAAUCUAUGGGUGGACAUAGAUGAUACCAGAAGUAACUCCCCUAGAUGCACGACGGAGGAAGAAGAUCAAACUAUCAGAACCACUUGGCUGUUUGAAUCAAUACACAAGAGUGGGGUCUGGAAGUUGAUGGAUGUCAGGCCUGGCAGAUUUACUGGGUAUACUUAUUUGGAAAUCUUGGACAAGUUUCUACCAUUGUAUGGUUUAGCUGAUGGCAUCUUUGGCAGCUACCAAUUGGCAUACAAACCUCUUCCGGUGAUUCCUGCUUAUCCUGGAGUACAGCUCAGGAUGUUCCCCCAGAUGGCUCUGCGCUGCCACCGCCUGGCACAAACCCCUGGCUGUUGUGCCUUGUCUCUCGUGUACGACUGCCUCUCAUUGCUUCACGCAAGGUACCUUGUUCAUGAUGGGCUUGAUGCAAUAUACUCCUGUGCAUGCAUGGGACAAGUUUGA